AUGAAACCAAAUUUCAGAAAUCCUGGUAUUGUAGUUCUUGAGAAAGAUGCAACAAGAAACAUACAUGAUACGGACGGAUGGAAUGACGAACAGACAGAGACGACAUUUCUUGUAUUCGUGUUGAUAUCAGCUUUUCAACAACUAACAACGUUAGCAACGAACCCUGUGUUCACACACAAAACACGCCUCGGAGAAAUAAAGGGCAUUGAAGUCAAAGCAUACAACUCAAAAAUAUAUCAGUUUAAGAAAAUUCCAUACGCUAAGCCACCGUUGGGUACACUUCGCUUUGGGAAACCAAAACCAUUUGGCUCUUGGAAUGACACAUUAAAUGCUACGGAAUAUGGACCAAAUUGUAUGCAAAAUUUCUAUUCAUCAAACAGCCGCUUGAUUCCAAAUCACGAUAGAUCGGAGGACUGUCUUCAUUUAAAUAUUUUUGCUCCACGUGAUGUAAGUAAAAACAGCAGCCGACCUGUGAUGAUCUGGAUUCACGGUGGAAGUUUCACCAACGGACAAGGUAUGAAAUUUAAUGGUACCAAACUGGCAGCGGUAGGUGACGUCAUAAUUGUCACCAUUAAUUAUAGAUUAAACGUUUUUGGUUUUGCCAAUGCUGGUGUAGGAUCGAUCCGGAAUAUUGGACUUUGGGAUCAAAGAUUCGCUAUUUUUUGGGUUAAAAAUAACAUCGAGGAUUAUGGGGGAAAUCCGAAGAAGAUAACUAUUUUUGGUGAAUCAAGUGGUGGAGUUAGUGUAGAACUUCAAGCAAUGAGUCCAAAAAAUAAAGGACUAUUCCAGAGAGCUAUAUCCCAAAGUAUUUAUAUAGAUGGUAUCAUGGAAUGGGAUAGUUAUGAGUCACUCACAAGAGAAAUAGGCCGACUUCUGAAUUGUUCUGAAUGUGUAACCGGAGUAAAUUCUUGUUUAGAUUGUUUGAGAUCAGUGCCAGCUACCAAUCUUCUAAAGGCAUAUUCCGAUGGUUAUAACAAUAUUAAUAGUGGCUACGGACCUACUGUCGAUGGCGAUUUUGUACCAGCUAGUCCUGUUAAUAUGUUAUCAAACCCUACGUCAGAAUCAUCACAAAUGUUUAAUAGUGUUGAUUAUAUGGCGGGAAUAAAUGAUUGCGAGUCAGCUAUACAUUAUUAUUAUUCAAUCAAAGGAGAGAAAAAUAUUGACUUAAAAAAUGGAAUUCCAACAGAUUACCUUUGUAAUUUUUCAAUACCAUACAUUACUAGAACAUAUUAUAUAGACUGUGAAAAACUUUCACAAGAAAUAUGCAAAAAAUACUCUCCAACCGUUACGUCGAGUUCACUGUCACAUGAAACAUCGUUAGCAAUAAACGUUCAUGGAGAUUUUGGUUACGCUUCAGUUACUACUCGUGACUUAGAUUUUCAUACCAGAAGUAGAAGAGGAACAUACCAAUAUCUUUUCACACAUAAGCCAACAUGGAAAUUUUUGAAAGAACGUCCCAGUUGGUCAGAAUGCGGCGCAAAUCAUGGUGACGAGAUUGCCUUUGUAUUUGGUUUGGAGACCUGGUAUCCAAAAGAUGUCAAUAUCAAUCAAUACGAGAGAAAAUUAUCUUCCAAAAUGAUGACCUUUUGGACAAACUUUGCUAAAACCGGGAACCCGAACCAAGAAGGAAAACACGAAUGGCCAGCAUACAAUAAGACCAGUACAAAUUUUAUGGUUUUAGGUGAAUAUAGAAAUUCAUCUGUGAAUAAUUUUCAUGACAGAAUGAGUUUUUGGAAUAAGGAUGUUCCGCGGUUAGUUUCAGAUUGCAAGAAAGCGUCACAGAGCGGAAAUGGAACACAUAAUGCAAACAUAGAAAACACGUUCGGAUAA